CGUUCAUCCCUUCUAUCCCAGUCUCUCUCUUGUCUUCUGUCAACAUGGGCUUGCAAAAUGAAGAAAAGCUUGAGCUUGGAUGCACUGGCUUACAGCCAAAGCCAAAGAAAUGGGUUCUCUUGAUGGUAAGGGUGGUUGCAUUCUUGGCCACAGCAGCUGCAACACUUGUGAUGGCGCUCAACAAAGAAACCAAAACUCUUGUUGUUGCCACUGUUGGGAAUACCCCAAUAAAAGUCACCCUCACUGCCAAGUUUCAACACACCCCAGCAUUCGUGUUCUUUGUUAUAGCUAAUGGAAUGGCUAGUUUCCAUAACUUGGUGAUGAUUAUGGUGGAGCUUUGUGGUCAGAAGCUUGAUUACAAAGGAAUGCGCCUUGCCAUGGUCGCCAUUUUAGAUAUGAUGACAGUGGCUCUGGUAUCAGGAGGGGCUAGUGCUGCGACUUUCAUGGCUGAGCUAGGCAAGAACGGAAAUUCUCAUGCAAGGUGGGACAAGAUUUGUGACAAAUUUGAGACCUUUUGUGAUCAUGGUGGUGCUGCACUCAUUGCUUCCUCUGCCGGCCUUAUUCUCAUGAUGAUUAUUAGUGUCAUGUCGAUCAUGAAGCUUCUAAUUAAACCAAAAUCUGACAGCAGCUAGCAUUGUUGUCCCAUAUAAUGUAAGGACUAAGUGAAUCCAUUCACUUUGCACCCUUUUCUGCUCUGUGUAUUACUCUUGCAAAUAAUCAAGAAAGUUGCCUUUGAGCCGUCUUUGUUGCUA